UUUAACUUGUCUGUUUUAUACUCAUUGUCUGUCCUUUACAGAUGCAAGCGGAAAGCCCGAGGCGAGGAAGAUGAUAGAUGGGAGUGUAGCGUGUGCACUUACAUGAAUCCAAGCGAGUCAUACAAGUGCGAAAUAUGCUUUAUGCGCAAAGGCACAUCAACGAGAAAACCGAGGCUCAAUCCUCAAGUGGUCGAGCAACAACAACUCAUCGCACAAGCAAUAUUGAAAGAAAAAGAUGAAGAACACCGAAGGCGCAAAACGGAACGGUGUUUAGAAAAAACUAGUUCACUUGGCAGUUCCGUAAAGCUGAAGAACUUUGACCGCUCGUCUCCCUUGCUGUUUGAAAUAUUUGCGAAUGGAUAUAGUGUGGUGAUUACCGAGUUCCAGUUGCGGUCUAAGGUGAAGUUGUCCCAGCCAGAAAGUCCUGCUCCGUCCAAUGGUUCAUCUUUACAAGGAUUCCCCGGUGGCAUUUUCUCCAGUACUGAUCAAUUGUCUCCCACAGACUCCAAUUCGACUGUUGACGCCAGUCAUAAACCGAUUUCCUGCGGCGAAUCCGAGUUGUUCGAAUCGGUUGAAACGAAAACACGAUGCUCUUUUCCCACGAAUAGAGUUGGACACUCCAGCAGUGGUAAAUCCACGCACGCCUCAUAUCCGCAUGAGUCUGUUUCACUGUCCACGCCAUUUUCAAAAACCACCGGACGUUCUUUAGCUGGGUCCGACUGCGCCACUGAUAACAUGACCUCACAUAUGGUAGGUAUCAAACAAGAUGAAACCAGUGAACCAGGCAGAGAACCAAAGUCUUCCUCUUCUACCAGUGUGCCUUGUUCAUCUCGGCGAAUAAGACUCAAACGCUUACAACAUACCCCAGCUACUCAGCCUAUGGCGAAAGGGGUUUUCAAUACAUGCACCGUGUAUGAUGGCAGGAAUGAAGCGCCCGAUUCCUCAACGUGUGAACGACUUUUAGCUCCUUCUCAGACAAAUCAGCCUCCUUCGUCUCGACUUAGGCGACACCGUUUCCAUUUCGAUCCACAAAACACUUAUGUCUUCUCAACUCCCCAAUCCAAGUGCAGUAAAGGGCAUUCCAGAGGUUUGAAUUUGGCGAAAUCCGGUAGCCAACGCUAUCUCAAAAGCUCUACAAAAUCGCGAUCCAUUGGUUCGCGAACCGAUGUUACUUGGUCCAGUAAAUCCCGACAAAAAACGUCAACCCAAAGACCUUUACGAAUAACUGUUAGUCGAGUUAAUACUUCUGCUGCAUCCAAACAUUGCAAAUAUGAAUCUAGUUUACCGACAUCUAGCCCUAGUGAGCACCAUCCGACAAAGCGUCGCCACAGCACAACUCGAUCGAGCUUAAAGUGUAAGAUUCGUGUACGCGCACCAGCACAUCCGGAAGGUCUGCUCUCAGAGGACACAGAUAAUGCCGUUCAUGAAGCACUGUUAUCGACAAAAAAAUCGAAGGUAUUGUCGGAUAGUCCAAAAGUUGCUUCUCCUGAAUCUCCUACGGCCAAUCAAGAACUCAAUCUGAAUUCCCACACGAAUCUUUCAACCGAGUCCCGAAACACCAGUGCAAUGACUGACAGCAGUGGAGCCAGUGCUCUGGAAAUGUCUCGCUAACCUUCAUCUUGUUUCCUGUGUUCUGAUGCUCCAAGUUCCGUCUUGUUCGCCACAACUCGCUACAGUUUUGUUUCGCGUAUGUGUGCUGAUUUAUCUGUUAGUUUUUUGUCCGAGUUUCUUCUAAUCUUUGUAUUAUUUUGACACGUUUUGCGUUUCUAUUCUCUCCCUCUGGUCCAUCCAUUCCCCUGUUCAACGUGUACGCACAUAAGCAGCCCAUGAUUUAAUGUGCCUUGCCUCAUGGUUGACCAACUGAAUAAUGUUUCAUCCGAACAACCGCCCGGUGACUUGCCUCUACCCUCAUAUUCACGUUACAAACCCAUGUAUAUAAACCAAUUCAUUCGGCGCUGGUAGCUGAACUUAUGCAAACUUAUCACCUUCAGAAUGGGAUUUCGUCUAAGGCGUUUUGCUACCCUAUUUGUGCAGCAGAUCUCAUGCUUGUGUUUCGUUAAUGUGAAGAAAGUGCAU